AUCUGAGAAAAAUGAGACAUGACUUAAACCUAACACCAGUCCCAUCAUUCCGAAACUGGAACUCAAAUACGACGGACAGAAUGAGAAAGUGCUCCUUCUGUCUGAUACUCCUCAUCACGAACGAAUUUCUACUCAUCAGUGGAAAUAAAAACGAUCGAAGUAUAAAUACUAAAUCAGACUUUGGACUCACACAUAUGGAUAAUACCCAGAAGACAAUCUAUGCCGCCAAAAUUCCCAUUGCACUCUUCAAGGAACCAAUGCCUGAGAGAAAUCGUGCUAAAAGAAUGAUUUUCAGCGGAAGAAUCUCUUAUGAUCAUAAGGGUAAUCCCGUCAUAAGAAAUAAGCCGCGUAUUAAAAAUAAUUGGUUUUGGAACGUAUAUUAAAAAAGUUUUACUAAGAAUGUGUCACUUAGAAAAAGAUU